CAAACCUUGUUUUUUCUUUCUUUCUCGUCUCUUUACUCUACCCAUCUCCAUUCCUCACAAUGACCAUCACCCAAGAAACCUAUGAAACCAGUGCCAAUUACCUGAAGAAUUUGGUUCCCAAAGAGUUUCAGACCGUUAAAUUUGGUAUCAUUUGUGGUUCCGGACUCGGCGGUUUGGUUGACACAAUUGACCAAUCAACCAAGGUUGAGUUCCCAUAUGAGACAAUUCCCGGCUUUGUCUCUAGCACUGUUGUGGGUCAUGCGGGUAAAUUGGUAUUUGGACACCUGGGAGAGUCCCGUAAACCAACCGUAUUCAUGUGUGGUCGAUUCCACUUUUACGAGGGACACAAUCUUCAGCAGUGCACCUUACCCGUGCGCGUGAUGAAGCUGUUGGGUGUAGAGACCUUAGUUGUGACCAAUGCUUGCGGAUCCCUCAACCCUGAACACAAGGUUGGUGAUCUUAUGAUCCUCAAUGACCAUCUGUCCUUGCCUGGUCUGGCCGGAAACAACCCUUUGAUCGGGCAUAACUUUGAUUCCUUUGGUCCUCGUUUCCCCCCUGUUUCGGACACCUAUACCUACAAUCUCCGUAAGAUUGCCUUCAAGGCUGCCCUCGAGAUUGGCAUCAAGCAAGAUGAUAUCCGUGAAGGUGUCUAUGCAUUCGUGGCUGGUCCUAGUUAUGAGACCCGUGUCGAGGCCCGUUACUUGGCUUCAAUUGGUGCUGAUGUGGUAGGUAUGUCGACUGUGCCCGAAGCCAUCGUUGCCCGCCACUGUGGUAUAAAGGUUCUCGGUAUCAGUUUGGUUACCAACGCUGUGGUAGUUGCACGCGGAAAGGAUGCUAAGAAGGAGGUUCUAGUCGAGUUGGGAUUGUCUACCGAGGAGGAUACCGAGAUUGACAUUGAGGGCUAUAAGGCUAACCAUGAAGAAGUUCUGGAGACCAGUGCCCUGAGAGCUGUUGACCUUCAGAAAUUGGUCAAGAAGUUUGCUGAUCUUAUCUAAAUUAAAAUCACUUAUACUAUUUUUUUUCUAUACUUCAUUUUACAUAUUGUUUUGUUCAAUUCAUAAAAUUACCUACAGCCUUUUUUAUUUUU